GGCGUAGCGAAGUGUGGCGUAUGCUAGUGCAAAAUAAUGGCGACUGCCUGUUUCAUCGGAUGAUCAUAGGCAUAGCUGAGCCUGAACUUGUGCAAAAAAAGGGAAAGGGGAAAAUACUGGCUCUGGGAGAGCUGAGAUUGCUAGGCUUGAUGAUAUCAGACGGAUAUGUGAUAACAUGUGGUGAUUAUCAUAAUUUAUAUGUUGACUUUCAAAGCAAGGAGGACAAGAAGAAGCUGUGCAGUGUAGUUUGAGUUUUGUGUUUGUCUCGGGAUCAGACGCCGGAUUCAAUGAGAAUGGCGCAGUGCUCGCAAAGUGCCAGGGAGUUUAUUCAGAACACUUUUGGACCAACUGUGGCAGUUGCAUGCAGUCAUGAUGCAGAAGUUCUUGCACAAAAGAACAAUUUAUCUUUUGUGGAAAUGGUCAGGCCAUUUUGCAGACUAACUUCAGAAGCUCACAUUAGAGACCCAGCUGGUCAGCCUCACUCUAUUCAUAACCUAAGAUUGAUUGUGAAUGACAUGAACACACAGCCUCCAUCAGCUGGUAUUCAUCGCAAACUCUGUUAUGAUGCUGUGCAGAAUUCACAAGUCCCUACUACCGAAGGGAGAGCAAACGUCUUGACAGUAGGUUCCUAUGACCUGCAAAUUAGUGCCUCCACUCCAUGGUAUGAAGCAUAUAGGGAAAGUGUUUUGCAGAGCAUGGCAACUUGUGACCAUGAAUUCAUCAGACAUUUUGUGGCUUGUAUGCUUGUAGUAUCAACAGGUCAUGCAGAUCCAAUGGAUCAGUUUGUCAAGUUAUCUCAAGAGCAACAUCAUCUUCAACACACAUCAUCAGCUUCACAUCCUAAGUGGCUCUGUCCUAAUAUCUUCAAAUACUAUGUCCUGCUUCAUGAUAACUCAGAAGGAGAAGAGGAGAAAGCUGAUGCAAUCUAUCAGAGCAUGAAGUCUACCUACGGCAGUCAUGCAUGUCAUCUUCUAAGGAUCAAUUCUAGAGCACUGACUACUGUAGAUCCAUCGGUAACUGCUGAACAGAACUCAAUGCCUGAUCCGUGGAGUCAGUAUCUAAAUAAAGUCAACCAACAGGAACCCGUUGAAGUAGAUGCGGUACCAGCCAGUGAUCCAGCCAUGUUUCCAGAUCAGGUCUCAGAGGGUACUUCUAAUGACAAUGUCAAUAUGGUACUCACACCAAAUAGUUCAGAAGAUGGUCCUAAUGACCCAUCCCCAGAGGACAUUGUCAUGGUCCAAGUUGAUACCUCGCCUUCAAAUGAGGUUAUCUCCCAUCCUUUAGCAGAUGUCAAAGCCCCAUCAGACACCCUGACAACCACCCAGACAGACCCCUUGACACCAACCCAGUCAGACCCCCUCACAGACAUCGGGACGGAUCCUAUCAUCACCAGCAACGCUAACGGGAGUAACUCUAUCCCGUCCAAGCCUGCCAGUCAGGUAGCCAAUGCUGUGAAGGUCACAGGAGGGGGCUCCUCUACCACCCAUGGGGCUCAUCUAACGUUGAGUGAUCACGAUAGAUUGAGGAUAUUCAUCCAUGAAUUUGUGGUGAGGGGUCUGCUGCCCUACGUAGAAAGGAUGAUUCGUACUCUUACAGAACAGCUUGCAUCAAGGAAAGGUAUCCAACGAUCAUUGUUCAAUGUAACCAAGAAGUUAUUCAUGGGUAACAAGCAAAAUGAGAAGGUCUUAUCAGCACCUGUUACAGACUCCUCACCAAAGUAUCUAAGGGAAUCACCAGAGAUUCAGAUGAGACGACGAGCAGACCUGGCUUUCAUGGUUCAGAUGUAUGAGAUGGCUUAUACCUCCUACCAUACAGCUAAAGGGGAUUUUGGUAAUGAUCAAGCUUGGAUGCACUAUGCAGGAUCAUUGGAAUUUGCAGCAAUAUCUGCUUUCAUGUUGGGCCACAUACAGAAGUCUUAUCCUAGUCAUUACAUGGAGAAUGCAGUCACUACUUAUCUAACAUCAUGCAAGCAACCCCAGUUAGCAACGAGAGCUGUGUUAAUGGGAACUGAGAUCCAGAAAGCAAGAAGAAUGUUUUCUGAGGCAGCUCUUGAAUUCAUCAGACUCACAGGAGAGGAUUCUGAUUUGAGAAGUGCUCUCUUCCUAGAGCAAGCUGCUCAUUGUUUCAUCAACUCAUCUCGUCCCAUGGUUCGCAAGUAUGCAUUUCACAUGAUCUUAGCUGGACACAGAUACAGUAAAGCAGGCCAGAGGAAGCAUGCUCUAAGGUCAUACUGCCAAGCUCUGCAAGUCUACAAAGGCAAGGGUUGGGCACUAGCUGAGGACCAUAUCAACCUGACUGUUGGACGACAAUCUUUCAAUCUAAAGCAGCUGGAGAAUGCUACUGCAGCAUUCAAACAUCUACUAACCAAGAAUAGUAGGCAACCAGCUGUUCAACAGGUUGCUUUCCUCAAAGAAUAUCUCUGUAUCUACAAGCAACUGUUAACAACGCAAUCCCAGGAUGGUCAGUGUGUGAUGCCAUUACCUCAGCUUCCUCUUCCAUUCAUUAAGAAAUCAGCCACAAGGAUUCUUCUUGCCUCUCCUAUAAGACCUCAGUACACAGAUUCAAGAAUAGCAGCCACAUCGGUGACCUUUGGUCGUAUCUUUGACCGAGCUGAGAUGGAGGACUGGUGCAACAUGGAGGAGGCGGUUGCCACGCUAGCAAAUAAACGGAAGUCCCCUCCGUCUUGGUUUCAGUACCACCCUCAGUUGCUUCAUAGCGGUACAGACAACUCAACAAGCCCUCUGGGUAUAGUAGGAGAACCAAUGACAAUUGAACUAGUCUUAGAGAACCCACUCAAGGUACCUAUCAUCCUCACCAACAUCACCCUACUCUGGAAAUUUCUACCUGUGAACUACGAGGGCGGUAAUCAAGAGAAUCCAGAGCAGCAAUCGCCAGUUUUGUCAAAUGAUGCUGACGUAAGAGAUGAUGGAGUUGGAAGUGUAGAAAAUGUAGUUAAGGUUGAAAGCAUUCCAGAAGUUGUUUUAGCAGCAAAUGAUUACAAGCUGCUUUACUUAGGCCUGACACCACUCCAGACAGGAGAGCUUCAUAUAACAGGCGUAGCGUACAGCCUAUCAGCCCAACCUUCCACCAAUCAGAUCACAGAACCAUCAACCAACCAAGAGGUCAUUGAUGGCAGGUUAGGGGUCAAGAGACCAGUCUCGUUAGGGUCAAGUGUGGCACAGGUCCAAGGCAUGCAGGAUCUUGACAUCCAAGGACCGAGGUUGAAUGUGACCAAAGCUGAGCGAAUUGGUGUGGUGUAUGGACCUGAUAGGAGACUAGAUCCAGUUAUAGCUCCUCCCAUGCCACUCCUAGAGGUUACAUUUUCUUCAAUGCCAACAAACCUAAUGUGUGGAGAGAUCAGCCAAAUCCACGUAGAGAUCUCAAACAAGGGAACUUGCCCACUUCACAAACUACAUACCAUCUCGGACAGACCCGAAAUCUUCUCAUUCGGAGGACACUCCCAUGGAUUCCCUUCAAACUCUUCUUCCAGCCAAUCACUGACCAGCAGCAGUAGUAACUCUAGUAGCCUCAGCCAAUCAGGAGGCAGGACUGUUCCACUGUUGGAUUCGGGGGAGUGUGUGAGACACGAGAUUGAAGCGGGCCAGUGCAAUGUGAAUAAUGUGACUGAAAUUGUCUUGCCAGAGGGGAGGCUUGUUCCGGAUGCCUCGUUAUCAGUGCCAUUGUGGAUCAGGGGUCCAGAUGAAAGUGGUCUUCAUGAUGUUAGGAUGUUGUUCUACUAUGAAACCACUGAGGAAAAUACAAAGAUUAGGCAUAGAACGUUACAGCACACAACUACUAUACAGACGAGUAACUCAGUAUCACUAUCAGCUAGAGCAGAUAGAGCUCAGUCUUUUGAUAGUAGGAGAGAGGAGGAUACUAAUAGUCUCAACCUUAUCGUCUCACUCACAAUAGAAAACAUGAACCAAGUGCAUGAUUCCAGCAUUACAGAGAUCAGCUUACAACAUGUGACGGGGGUCAGUCACAGAUGGUAUCUUUCUCCUUUAGUCACACCAGAUGCAGAUCUGAGGAUUGGGAGUGGUGAAUCUCAAAAGCUGUGCUUCAAGGCAAAACAAUUAGAAGAGCCAAGUAGAUCUGCUGUUACAUUUUCAAGUGUGCUCUUUGGCAAAGAUAAGGCACCCAGUAACACCAUGCCAUGUGCAGAUUUUUAUCUCCGCUCCAAACUGAAGGAUAGGCAAAGUGAGACUGGUUUGAUAGGUGAUAGUCCCUUCUCACCGGCUACCACUCCAGGGAGUAUAGGGAGCAGUAGCACAGAGAGUUGGUUGACUACCAGGCAAACAGCACCAGUAGACAAUAUGUUAGUGGAGUGUAGUUUGGCUGAUACAGCAUUACUUGUCUUAUGGAAGGCCUUUGUUGUUGAUGAAGAUGGUGAUGAUCAUGUAUUAUACGGUCAGAGUCAUCUUACAAUCGAUCAGAUCAGCACAGAUACACUAUCACAUCCAGUAAGAAAGCUUCCCAUAGAGCAGAAGCAGGUUAAGUUUGUCAAAGAACCAGUGAGUCUUGAACCAGUCCUUCCAGGCCAUGAGGUCAUGUCGUCACUACUUAAAUACAGCUUACAAUACACAGAAGCUGUACAGAAUGACUUCAACAAAAACAGGAUAUGUACACUGUCAAUAAAAUUAUUGCUAUGUAACUGCACUGACUCGUCAUUAGAUGUUUUGAUAGAGACCACAUCAGCCAUCGAGAAUGAGAGUACAACGGAGCAGAGUGGAUCUCGUAUCACGUCACCUCCUACGAGCAAUGGUUUCAGCUGGGUGAGUCAGGCUAGUCGUCAUCUUACCCUAGACUCCAGGCAGGAAUGUCAGAUGGGCCUUCUCUCGUGCUGCACUCAACCAGGGGUUUAUGAUCUAAGCAGUAUCAGGGUAUCGGCCAUUACUUCAGACCUGGCGAAGACAAAGAGUCUCAUCCUGCAACAGAAACUCUCACCGUGCUUACUCACUGUUACUUCAUCAACACCUAGCUAGAGCCAUCAAGUUAUCAGCUAUCCUUUCAGACCUGGGAGCCGUUUCAUAAAGCUGUUCGUAAGUUAAGAGCGACUUUAAGAAUGACUGGUGAUCCUUUCUUACGCGCUAAACCAUCGCCAAUGGUGUAUACCAUUUACCAAAGAAAGGAUCACCAGUCGUUCUUAUAGUCGCUCUUAACUUAUGAACAACUUUAUGAAACGGCCCCCUGGUUGAGGCAAGGAAUCUCCUCUUGCAACAGAAUCUCUCAGCAUGCUUUACUCACUGUAUCAACAGCACCUAUCUAAUCCCAUCAAGGUAUUGGCUGUUGGUUCAGACUUGGCUGAGACAAAGAGACUCACCUUGCAUCAAAACUCAUCUUGCAACAAAAACUUUCAGCAUGCUUACUCAUUGUUACAUCAGCAACACCUAGCUCAGACCCAUCAGGGUAUCAGCUAUUGGUUGAACCUUUGUUAAGACAAAGAGUCUCAUCUUGCAACAGAAGCUCUCACCAAGAGCUUACUCACUGUUGCAUCAACACACUAAAACCCAUCAAGGUAUCUGCUAUCCACUAAGAUGUGUCUUAGACAAAGAGCAUCAUCCUGCAAGAGAUACUCAGCAUGCUUCCUGGCUAAACCAUCAAGUAUCAGCUUACAGUUCAAAUUCUAUAACAACAAAGAGUCUCAUCGUGCAACAGAACUCACCUUGCAACAGAAAUUCUCAGCCUGCUUAAUCACUGUUACAUCAACACACCAAGCAAACAUAUCAAGGUAUCUGAUAUUCCUUCAGAGUUCAGACCAAGCUAAGACGGAAAGUCUUAUCCUGCAACAGGAAAUCUCAGCAUGCUUACACAUUGAUGUGGAAGCAUCCAUGCUAUUAUUUUUUUUUUGAGAUUGACUGUUUUGCCUUUAUGCUGUGCUGAACUGCAUCUUAAUUCCACUGUUCAAUCAGAGGAACAUCUGGCCUAUAGGGAUGUUGUUGGCUCUAUGACUGUGGUUUGAUAUAGUAGUUGAUUCACUUGACCAGCAAUUAAGUUUUUGAUGCCAGCCAAGCAUCUUUGAUGUCCUUUGACCAGCUGUUAACCCUCAUCUGCCUUCUUCACCCAGAUUUCAUUGGUUACCUGGUUUUUUCUGAGGCAACAAUAACCCAGUCUUAGGUAGAACAUAAAUGUGGUUGGUGAAACACUUGUGGUUUACAAUAAUCUUAUAUUUCUAAUAAUCUUAGAUUUCUGGACAAGAGUUGAAUGAGCUUUUUGUGUACUGUAAAUCUGUUACUAUGAGCUGAUAACUUAUUCUUUACCCAAUAUGAAUGUAAAAUGUGAGCAGGCUGUUGAGCCAGAAAUUGAUCAUGUCCAAACAUUCGGAUACACAUAAUAAUCUUGAUUUCCUUGUUUGUCACUAUUUUAUUGGUGUUUGAUUUUCCUUUCAGUACACUGCUGCCCAUGUUUGUCUACUAAGUCUACAUUAGCCUUAUGUUUCUUCAUGCUCAUCUUGUCUGUCCUUAUAUAUCGCUUAUACUUUGAUCGUUUUGCAUGUUAUGCUGUACUACACCAUGACAUUUCAUGUCCAUUUAAAUGGAUUAGAUGACUUGGGGGUACAUUAAAUAGAAACAUAUUUAUUCAUUUGAAGUAUUAACUAGUUUUGGUCUCAUGUCAGUUUUGAUGAUGUCUUAAAAUGUAACAUAUCUAAGCCAAAUCUUUCAAUUCUUCGUAUGCAUGUAAAGUUCACACCUGAUGAUGUUUGAAGGUUUGCAUGGUGGUAUGAACAAUCAUGGAAGUGGUUUACAAGUCUACAGAGUCUCACCUCUCCAACCUAACCAGCCUUCUACCCAGCCUCUCACCCUGCUUACCAGUCAGCUUUCCACUCCCUCUGGUUUACAGGCCUUUAGCGGACUACACUCAUUCCGAAAAGUAUACUCUACCUCCAAACCUCCACUUUCUCACCUUUCCAUUUCACUUCUACAUCUACCCUCUUUUAUCUCAGUCCUUCCAUGAUUUUACACUCGGUGUGCCGUAAACCACUUCCGCGAAAGUUCACAUCAAUGAAUGUUUCUCAGAUUAUUAUGCAAUGGUGCCAUAGCAAUGAUAAUCUUUCCCAUAAUGCUGAUGUCGUGCAAUUCUUGGCUGUAAUGUAUGAUGCUGUAUUGGAUGUCAUUCCUCGAAAGAUUGAUGCUUCAAUGUAAUCAGUCUCAAAAAGCUACAAAAAUUGAUAUAUCCUCUUUGAAAUAUGAAAAUACAAGACUUAUAAAUCGAUAAAACUUCACUUUUUGAGUUUUUGUUAGGAUUCAUGGCGAUUUUGUAAUACACAGCAUUCAAGUAGCCCUUCUAAAGGUUGGACAAUAUCCUAUUCCAUACAUAUAUGGAUAUGUAUGGGCUUAUGGUUUGCCUCAACAUUUGAAUAGUGGUACCGGUGGAUAUUAUUUUUGACUUUGUUCUCAAAUUCGUGUUCGUAAAUUGUUUUAUUGUAAAACAGGUGCUGGCUGUUUUCACUUUUCAAUAGUGUUUGAUAACAGGUUUUCAUAUUUCAAUAGUGUUUGAUAAUAGGUUUAUUCUUUAUAAUCUCUGGUUUUCUUUUCAAUUGUCAUUAAUUUAACCUUUUUAGAUUUUGAUAGAUUUAUAUCAUCCACUUAAAGUCAAAACAUGUGCAUGUUUUAAGCACACACCAAAGGAUUGUCUGUAAAUUUUUGAUUUGUGAUGACGAAGUUUUGUGGAUUAUUUUCAUAUAUCCUCUUUCAGCUAAUACUUCUGGGUUUAGAACUAAAAAGGGAAUAGAUACUGCCAAUUGUGUGGUAUACCAUUUAGUUUGCCCUACCUUAUGAAGAAUUUAGUGUUAAACUUAUCCUAGUCCCAUUAUAAAUAAAUGCCUUUUUUAUAAUGUCAGGUAAUAAUGCACAUACUGAAUAAGGAAAGCAUUUUGGUCAUCCAAGCCUGUGAGUUGGGGAGCUUUAGCUAAUAAACAAAUCGAAUACAUGAAGACACAAUGGGUAUCUGCAAUGACUACUUGACUAGCAAAGUUCCUUGACCAGAUUGAGUAACAAAGAUCAGAUCCGCAAGCUUCAAAGAGUGCAAAAUGUCGCCGCCCAAAUUCUUAGUAUUACUUCUAAAUAUACGCAUAUAACGCCUGUUCUAAAAGAACUUCACUGGUUGCCUGUGGUGGAGAGAAUAAAAUUCAAGAUUUUGUUGCUU